AGUCUGUACUAAGAGUUCUCACAACUUUCCGCGUGGGAGCACAUCUCCGAGUCUCCAGAGGAGCUCCGGGGACUCGCCACGCGCCCUCGGGAUCCGCCACCCGGGCGCGCGCCACCAAGACCCAUCUCGAGACUCUGGUUCUCGCCUCGGGUCUGCGGCGAGCGCCGGGCAGCCCUUAAAAGGGGACAGAGCAGAGGGCGCGCGGGGUACGGCGGGCACCUCUGCGGGGAGACACGGCUGCAGGAGCACUCUCCGGGGGACGGGGAAGGAAUGUGGCGGUCCGGGAGGUCGGCGGGGCCUCCCGUCCUGGGGCAUGAGGGCGAGGGCCUCACCUUGCUGCGGUCCUCCUCCUGCUGCAGCAAAUCGGGAACCGCGGCCAUGGCGACGCGGGCCUCUAGCGGGGGCCGCCUGGCUGUGCGAGGAAAGAAGAGACUGGGCCGCAGCCGCCGCCUCGGGGGCGCCUCUCAGGGGCGGCCGCGGCCCCGCCUCCGCCAGCCUCCCUGACCGACGGCGGCAGGAGGCCUCCGGACUCCGCCACCAUCCCAGCAGCCCCGGGAAAGGCCAGCGGCGCGCCACGUGCUCCCCCAGAACGGCCUCCCCCGACCCCGCUGCCGUCCAUCUUGGAGCCGGGCAAAAAAGCUACGCGGGGCCUACCCUCGCUCCGGGCCACGCGGAAGCCACCGACCGCAGGGCCGCGACAAGGACGCGGAGGAACGACCACUCUCCCGGCAAAGCGCGUGUCAAGAAAGCCCGCUCCCUCGUGCGGGAGAAUUUAUUACUCAGCCAGAGUCCAAGAUGGCGACGAUCUGUGACGAGGAAUGCAAAAAUAAAAGUCUCUUAACAUUGCCAGUAGACUAGAGGGAAGUGAAAAGGCAUCUCAAGAUGAAGGCGUUUCAGACCAUCUGCCGGCAGUUCAGAAGUUCUAAGGGGUUUUCUCUAGAACCAACAGCCCGUGUGGAUUUCUCCACUUCCUCUUAUUCCUGUGGCCGGAAGAAAAAAGUGAACCCUUAUGAAGAAGUGGACCAAGGAAAGUACUCUGAUUUAGUACAGUCUGUCUUGUCAUCCAGAGGCCUUGCUCAGACUCCAGAAUCCUUGUUCGAGGAAGAUAAUUUACUGUAUGGACCUGUGAGUAAGUGUAAGCCCUCAAAGCAAGAUGAGGCAGCAAAAGUUCCAGGAAACUGGUGUCCUCUCUACAAUCCAGAGAGAAGCAUGAAGCCAAACGCAACAAGUUCUGUAAUUCCUUUGAGAAUCCCUUUGCAAAGAAAUACAGUUCCAAGUGUGACCAAGGUCCUUCAACAGACCAUGACAUCAGAACAGAUUUUUUAUUUGGAGAGGUGGAAACAGCGGAUGAUUCAGGAACUGGGAGAAGAUGGCUUUGCGGAAUAUUCUUCAAACAUAUUUUUACAAGGGAAACGGUUCCAUAAAGCCUUGGAAAACAUACUUUCACCCCAAGGGGACUUGAAAGAGAGAGAUGAGAACCUCGAAUCUGGAUAUAUCGAAAGUGUCCAGCAUAUUCUGAAAGAUGUCAGUGGAGUGCGAGCUCUUGAAAGCGCAGUUCAACAUGAGACCUUAAAGUAUGUAGGUCUGCUGGACUGUGUGGCCGAAUAUCAGGGCAAGCUCUGUGUGAUUGACUGGAAGACAUCGGAGAAACCAAAGCCUCAUAUCCGAAAUACGUUUGACAACCCACUGCAGGUUGUGGCCUAUGUCGGUGCCAUAAAUAACGAUGCCAACUACAGCUUUCAGGUCCGGUGUGGCUUAAUUGUGGUAGCCUACAAAGAUGGGUCCCCGGCUCACCCGCAUUUCAUGGAUGCUGAACUCUGCUCCCGAUACUGGGCCAAGUGGCUUCUUCGACUAGAAGAAUAUACAAAGAAGGAAAAGAACCAGGAUAUUCAGAAGCCAGAUUAGGGGACAGGACACUGUUUGGGAUCAUUCGGUAGUUCCUCACGGUUUGAGAAAAUAAGUUGUUUAGUGUAGAGAUGCCACAGGAUCUGAGAGCUACAUAACACACAAGUGGAAGUAUUAGUUAAAAUAUAUCACAGCCAAAAAGAUUGAAAAGCCAGAAAAGUUUAGAUUUUAAGGGUUGGACUUGAGUGUAUAAAAGAAGCACAAUUAAGUACAUUUUUUGUCACUUACCUGGAAAAGGGUAAGCAGGAUUCACAGUGUUGGUGCCCCUUGAACACCCCCCAGUCGAACUUUCUGUUAUCCCAAGCAGGAGGCCCAGUCUUUGAACUGAGAUUGGAGAGGGUGAGGCUUGGUGUGCAAGAAGUUUCAUCAGGGCACGGGGUGGGGGGGGGCGGGGGCAAGGAAGGGGCCACGCCCCCGGGCUGCGUGUGGUGCAGGGACUCGCAUCAGCCAACUCCUGCUGCCAACGUAGCUUCCUUAAACUGGUUUUAUAUAUUGAAGUUUUCAAUAUAUAUUUCAUUUGGGGGUACAAAAGCUUCUUCUGUUUAACUUUUUUGGAAAAUAAGUAAGUGAUUCCUUAGCCUCAGAUACACAUUGCUCUCUGGAAAGAUGAAGCAUCUUUGGCAGUUGCCCUUAGCAUGCACUGAAUAACUCCCAGAGGUAUCCGGACCCCAGUCUGAGAUUCGUAAUUAUAGAUAUUUUAGCAGCUAUAUUCUGGUUUGAGUCAAUGAGUCAUGUACAUGGAGACAAAGUAUCAUUUGUGAGAUUUUUCAGAGGGGGAACAAUAAUUUUUGUGUAUUUGAUAAGUAAUGAAAAUUACUAGUUGUCAGUGGGAUCAGGCAACUUAAAUGGCCACUGUAGCUUUGGGGGAAGGCUCUCUGUUUUAUGGGAUGGGUUAGCAUUUAAGUUAGAGCUGUGGUCUUAAACUAGUAGGGUGCUACAAUCACUUUUUUUCUUUCAUUAUCCACUAAUUGUAAGAAAUAAAAUACAAGAUGUGAGUAAAGUAA